UGCACUACCCUCCUCUCUCAGCUGGAGAAAGUGCCCAUCCGCUUAUUCUUCUGUAUUACACACGACUUUCCGUGUCCUCGGUCUCUCCAGAUGUCCGUGGUUAACACCCCAGCUAGCUCUCAGUGGAUCUGACCAGCUGUGACAGUGUGAGUGUGCGGCUCAGGUGAAGAUGGCGAGGGGACCGUCGCGCGCACCGGUGCUCGUGCUUCUAUCGCAUCUGUUUAUCGACGCUCUUCUGGCGCAGGAGCUGCCCAUCACCGGCGUGAACGGAUACAGUCUGCACCCACCGUAUUUUAAUCUAGCGGAGGGGACGAAAAUCACGGCCACGGCAACCUGCGGAGUGGACGAGCACGAGCAGCCAAUUCAAGACCUGUACUGCCAACUGGUCGGGGGCCCCGUGUUAGGGGACCCGAGUCAGACGAUUCAGGGCCAGCACUGUGACAUCUGCUCCUCUGAAGACACUAACAGAGCGCAUCCCAUCAACAACGCCAUCGAUGGCACCGAACGAUGGUGGCAAAGCCCUCCGCUCUCCCGCAGUGAAACCUACAACCAGGUCAACGUCACUCUGGACCUAGGACAGCUUUUCCAUGUUGCAUAUGUGCUCAUCAAAUUUGCAAACUCGCCCCGGCCGGACCUGUGGGUGCUGGAGCACUCCAUCGACUUUGGGAAAACAUACAAGCCGUGGCAGUUCUUCGCCUCCUCUAAAACAGACUGUAUCGAGCGGUUUGGCCAGAGAACUAUCGAGAGGAUCAACCAUGAUGACGAUAUCAUCUGUACGACAGAGUACUCACGCAUUGUCCCUUUGGAGAAUGGAGAGAUUGUGGUGUCUCUGGUGAACGGACGUCCGGGUGCCAAGAACUUCUCCUACUCUCCUGUUCUGAGGGAGUUCACCAAGGCCACCAACAUCCGCCUGCGCUUCCUGCGCACCAACACACUGCUGGGACACCUGAUGGGCAAAGCCCUGAGAGACCCCACCGUCACACGGAGAUAUUACUACAGUAUUAAAGACAUCAGUAUUGGAGGGAGAUGUGUGUGUAAUGGCCACGCUGAGGCCUGUAACGCCCAAGACCCCAAUGACCCAUACAGGCUUCAGUGUGACUGCCAGCACAACACUUGUGGGCCGUCAUGUGAACGCUGUUGCCCCGGCUUCAACCAGUACCCCUGGAAACCAGCCAUGACUUCCAGCGCCAACGAAUGUGAACCGUGUAACUGCCACAGACACUCAUCAGAGUGCUAUUAUGAUCCAGAGAUCGACCAGCGGAGAGCCAGUCUCAACAUGCAGGGCCAGUACAGGGGCGGAGGAGUGUGCAUCGAAUGCCAGCAUCACACCACAGGCAUCAACUGUGAGCGCUGUAUUCCUGGGUACUACAGAUCAGCUGAUCAUCCUCUGGAGUCCCCAUUGGCCUGUUCAAAGUGUCGGUGUGAGUCUGAGUUCACUGAUGGCAGAUGUGAGGAUCUGACCGGACGCUGUUACUGUAAACCCAAUUACACCGGCGAGAACUGUGACACAUGUGCAGAGGGAUACGAAGGCUUCCCUGAAUGCUACCAGGUCUACAUCAGAGGAGAGGCCAGACCUGCAGCAGAAAUCAUCAAUUGCGAGUGCAGUGCUGCAGGUACAGAAGGGAACUCCUGCAGGCCGGACCCUCGCACCAAUACAUGUGUGUGUAAACCUGAAUUCACUGGAGAACACUGUGACACCUGCGCUCCUGGUCACUUCGGCCUCAGCUGCCAGCGCUGUCAGUGUUUUGGCCAGGGCUGUCUGGAUGGGUCCUGUGAUGCAGUAACGGGUCAGUGUGUGUGUCGGAGUCGGUUUCAGGGGUAUUCAUGUGAGCAGUGUGCACCCGGCUACUUCAACUACCCACUGUGCCAAUAUUGUGGUUGCAGUGUUGUGGGCUCUAUGCCUGAGAUAUGCGAUGCGGCUGGUCGGUGUUUGUGCAGGCCAGAGUUCACUGGUCCUCGCUGUGAUCAGUGUCGCUCAGCGAUACACUCAUAUCCAAACUGCCAGGUGUGCACUUGUGACCCUCGCACAUCUUUGGACUCCAACUGUAACUUGUCGGGUCAGUGUAACUGCAGACCCAACUACAGUGGCCCCAAAUGUGACCAGUGUGCACCCGGAUAUUACUCCUAUCCCAGCUGCACACCGUGUCAGUGUUCAGUGGAGGGCUCUCGCUUCAGCUCCUGUGAUCCAGUGUCUGGUCAGUGUGUUUGUCUGCCAAACAUUGUGGGUCAGAGGUGUGACAGCUGCAGUCCUGGGUCAUAUGGCUUUCCCCUCUGCCAAGUCGGGACCUGUAACCCAGCAGGCUCUGUUCAUAAUAACAUCCUACCCACUGUGGGCUCCUGCGAGUGUCGACCGCAUGUCGAGGGGGCGGCGUGUGAUCGCUGUAAGCCUCUAUACUGGAAUCUUUCUCCUGAUACAGUCCAUGGAUGCUCAAGCUGUGAUUGUAAUACAUUAGGAACUAUGAGUGAGGUUGCAGAGUGCACACAGAGCACCGGCCAGUGUUUCUGUAAACCCAAUUUGUGCAGUGGCACAUGUGAUCUGUGCAAGGAUGGAUACUUCAGCCUUCAGAAGAACAACUACUUUGGGUGUCAAGGCUGCCAGUGUGACAUUGGAGGAUCUGUUGGGCAGGCGUGUGAUGAGUUGGGCGGGCGAUGUCGAUGCAGACCCAACGUGGAGGGACCCAAAUGCAGCCAACCCCGGCCGGAUCAUUAUUUCCCAGACCUGCACCAUAUGAAGUUUGAGGUGGAGGAAGGCACCACCAUGGAUGGACGUCCAGUGAGGUUUGGUUACAGUCCUCUGGAGUUUGAGAGCUUCAGCUGGAGGGGAUAUGCCAAGAUGUCUCCCAUACAGAAUACGGUUAAAAUGACGGUGCACGUGCGUGAAGCAGACAUGUAUCUCACACGCUUCAUCCUCAGAUAUGUAAACACGAGGUUGGCCGUGUCGAAUGGUAAAAUCACAGCCUAUCAGAACAGCAGAAGAGGCUCUGAGCAGUCCAAACAGAUCGUCUUUGCACCCGCUUCAGAACCCACAUUUGUGAGCGUGCCUCAGAACAGCUUUGUGGAGCCAUUUGUCUUGAACCCAGGAACCUGGACUGUGAUUAUUGAGGCGGAGGGCGUUCUGCUGGACUACCUGGUGCUGUUGCCCAGUGCAUAUUACGAGGCUCCUAUCCUGCAACUUCAAGUGACUGAACCCUGUUCAUACAGCUACCCACAGGAUGCCAGUCAAAACUGUCUGCAGUACAUGUAUCUGUCUCUGGAUGAGUUCCCAUCCGUCUCCAGCGAUGAUGCCCAGUGCAGGUCUGAUAAUCACCUGCCCAGACCCUGCCGCACUGAAAAGAUCACUCCUCGCCAUCCCAGCAUGGCCAUCUGCAGAGGCAAUGAUAUGAGAGUUCAGCUGCGUGGUCGUGUCCCUGUUCCUGGAGAGUAUGUGUUGGUGGUCGAGUACGCCAGUGAAGAUCAGUUUCCUCAAACCUUCAUUGUGUCUGUUGAUUCCCCGGGUGAAAGCACUAAUCUAGAGGAGAUAACCCUGCUCCCCUGUAAAUACAGUUUCCUGUGCCGUGCCGUGUCUGUAGAUGACCAGAAGCGUGUGGCGGUCUUUAAUCUCUCCACAGAUGCUGAUAUCCAGCUUAGCACAGACAGAAGCAGUUUUUUCCUUCACAAAGUGUUCCUCGUCCCUCGUGCUCAGUUCACCAUGGAGUACCUGAAGCCCAGCGUUCACUGCAUCAGCACACAUGGGCACUUCUCUCCAGACAGCGGCUCCUGCAUCCCGUCUCGUUUCCAGAAUCCUCCUCAGUCUCUGGUCCUAAAAGAGGGACAGGCUUCUUCUGUGCUGGGUUCGAUUAUGGCAUCAGCAGACAGACCCUUGACCUCCAGACCACAAACAGCUGCUGAUAACAGUGAACACAUGCUUCUGGACCCUCAUCAGAACGCUGUGAUGUUUUCAACACAUGUACAUGUGCUGGGUCGUUAUGUGUUCAUCCUGCAUUACUAUCAGCCCCUGCACCCAACUUACAAUGUCCAGGUCCACAUCAACGGAGGACGCAUAUGGCAGGGUCAUGUCAACGCAUCCUUCUGUCCUCAUGGUUAUGGUUGUCGUAGUGUUGUGAUGUCAGAGAGCCAGAUCAUCCUGGAUGUGACGGACUAUGAGGUCAUCCUGACUCUGCGUGUUCCAGAGAGAAGGACACUGUGGCUGGACUAUGUGCUGGUGGUGCCAGAGAGCACUUACAGCUCCAGCUUUCUGACCGAGGAGCCACUGGACAAAUCCUACGACUUCAUCAGCAACUGUGGACAAAACAGCUUUCACAUCAACCCGUCCACAGCGUCUCCGUUCUGUCGUAACUCCGCCGUGUCUCUGUCUGCGUUCUUCAAUAACGGCGCUGUGCCCUGCGGCUGUCAUGAGGUGGGCGCUGAGAGCGAUACCUGCGAGGCUUUCGGAGGACAGUGCAAGUGUAGACCCAACGUGAUUGGCCGAGACUGUUCCCAGUGUGCCACGGGACACUACGGCUUCCCCAACUGUAGACCAUGUAACUGUGGCACUCGUCUGUGUGAGCCAAUGACGGGCGAGUGCAUCUGUCCAGCACGGACCCUGCAGCCAGACUGUGUGACCUGUGAACCCCAGACGUUCGGCUGCCAUCCUCUGCUGGGCUGUGAGAUGUGUAACUGCUCCGCACCUGGAGUGGCUUCACUGGAAAUAGGCUGUGACACACACAACGGCCAGUGCAGGUGCAGGAACAACAUCGUUGGCCGUCAGUGUGACAGGUGUGCCCCAGGUUUCUAUGGAUACCCCGACUGCAGACCAUGUGACUGCAGCGAGGCGGGAACUGAGAAAGAUGUCUGUGACUCCAUCACCGGACGCUGUUUAUGCAAGGAAAAUGUGGACGGCUCUCGCUGUGACCAGUGCAAACUGGGAACGUUUCAUUUGGACCCCACUAAUACUAAAGGCUGCACCAAGUGCUUCUGCUUUGGAGCCACUGACCGCUGCCACAGCUCGGACAAACGGAGGAGUGAGAUCAUGGACAUGGCUGGCUGGGUCCUAUUGAGAAGUGACAGACAGGAAGUUCCUGUUUCCACGUAUCUCGAUCAAGAUCUGGUGGAGGCUGAUCUGAGUGAUGUACCUGAUGUCUCGCUGGACCUCCACUGGCACGCUCCUCACCCUUACCUCGGAGAUAAAGUGUCAUCCUACGGAGGCUAUCUGCGCUACCGCUUGCAUACCCAGACGAUGAGAGGUGAUGCUUUUCUGAUCACUGAGACCACACGGCCUGACGUCAUACUCAAGGGGAAUCAGAUGACUCUUGUGUAUAUUGAAAGAGAGUAUUCCUCUCCUGAAGACCCUCAUGAGGGGAUCGUCCACCUGGUGGAGGACAGUUUCAGGCAUGCACAGACGGGGAGCUCAGUGUCCCGUGAGGAGCUGAUGAUGGUGUUGGUGGCGCUGGAGUCACUUCAGAUCCGAGCGCUGCACUCUCAGUCUGCUCAGUCUGUGUCGCUGCAUGCUGUGGUGCUGGAGGGGGCCGACAACCUGCCCUCCGGGCGCCAUGCAAACAACGUCGAAAUAUGUCUCUGCCCAGGACACUAUCUAGGAGACUCCUGUCAGAAAUGUGCUCCAGGCUACUACAGAGACACUAAAGGGCUGUUUCUGGGGAAGUGUGUCCCCUGUAACUGUAACGGUCACUCGGAUGAGUGUCUGGAUGGCUCUGGCAUAUGUGUGAACUGCCGCCACAAUACCGCUGGAAAUCAUUGUGAGCAGUGCCAGUGUGGCGUUCAUGGGAACUUCGUUGUCGAUGGCCACGCGGUGUCCUGCUCCAGCUGCCCCUGCCCGCUGCUAGUAGCUUCCAACAAUUUUGCCAUUCGCUGUGUGGAGAAGCCCAGUCACAUGCAGUGUCUAUGUAGGCCUGGCUAUGCUGGAUCUAGGUGUGAAAGGUGUGCACCGGGUUACUACGGAAACCCAAUGGUGAUUGGCAGCACAUGCCAGCCGUGCAACUGCAACGGAAACUCAGACCCCAACCUGCUGUUCAUCGACUGCCACCCUUUGACGGGCGAGUGUCAGAGCUGCAUGCACAACUCCGGCGGGCCGCACUGUGAGAUCUGCGCCCCGGGUUUCUACGGGGAUGCCAUCACUGCCAAGAACUGCACUCGAUGCAACUGUUCUCCUUGUGGCACUGCACAUUGUGACCCUCGCUCGGGACAGUGCCACUGUAAGCCUGGUGUGGUGGGAGCCCUCUGUGACCGCUGUGAGGAUUGGGCAUUUGGCUUUGAAUCCUGCUCUGGUUGCCGUAAGUGUGAUUGUGAAGCAGCAGCGGCGUUGGUUCAGCCUUGUGACCCUGUUAACGGGACGUGUGCCUGUCAGCCCGGGGUUAAUGGACCCAACUGCCGCCAGUGUGCUCCAGGUUACUGGGGCUACAGCCCUGAUGGCUGCAAAAAGUGUGAGUGUAGAGGAGGCUGCUGUGACCCUCGCACAGGAGAGUGUCAUUGUGCUGCAGGUUUGACGGGGAAGCAGUGUGACACGUGUCUUAAUAAAUACAGCAUCCCUGUGCAUCAUGAAGCGAGUGUGCACUGUCAGCCCUGUGACAGCUGUGUGAUAGUGCUGCUGGAGGAUCUGGACAAAAUAAACGAACAUUAUCAGUAUAUUGCUGAUCAGCUGAGAAGCCUCAAUGUCAGCUCAAGCGCCUGGGCUCAACUAAACCGUCUCAACAUGUCUAUUCAGGACACUGCAAAUGCCAUAAAAAACUACAACAGCACUCUGGACAAGAGCAGGAACCAGGUCAAUAUGCUGGAGGACGAACUGCAAACCAGCGACAUGGAUAUUAAAGAGUUAGAGGAGAAGGCCUCAGUCACACAAAAGGAAGGCAAUGCUUUAGAGGACAACACUAACGCCACACACACUAGAGCACAAGACCUGCUUGGAUCCAUCAAAGGCAUCAUGGGAGAUGUGCAAGACAUUAUACUGCUGGUGAACCGGACAGCGCAGAACAAGACCAACGUGAUCGAUGAAAAGGAGCUAGCUCGAAAAAUAGCAGAGGUGGAGUCCAUGCUCCGAGACAUGCGCUUCAGGGGCUUCGACCUCCAGAGGAAUCUAUCAGAAAAUGAGCUGGACCAGGCCAACAAGUUGGUAGAUCGUGUGAAAAAUGAGAUUGCAAACCGGACUCUGAAUAAUGAAGCAGUGGCAGAGAACAUUAGAAACAAACUGAACCAGUUCAAUCAGCAGCUGAUGGACCUGAGAGAUGCCAUGAACGAGGCCGUCAAAAACACAGCAAACGCCACAGAGGCCAACAAUAUCAACCAGAAACUCCUGGAGGAGCUGCAGAACCUAGUGAAUAACCUGCUGAAGAAGCAGGAGGAGGUGGAGAACCAGCUUCAGAUGGCAGAGGAUGAUGUGGCGCAGGUCAACGACCUCCUCUCCAUGCUCCAGGACUCAAAAGAGGACUAUGAGCGUCUGGCUGCUCAGUUGGAUGGAGCGAGGAAGCCUCUAGCCGAGAAAGUGCAUGGAUUCGCUCUCCUGGUGGAGGCUGCAGAGAAACACGCUCAAAUGCUGGACCUGCUCGCUAAUAAUCUUUCCAGUUUAAUAUCUGGCACCAAUCAGGACGGUUUCAUACAGCGUGCUCUGAACGCAUCUCGCGCACACACUGACAUUAUAAACCGCAUUCUGGAAGCUGAGACUGCUGCUAAGAAAGCUAAUGAAUCAGCUACUGAGGCUUUGGAGAACAUAAAGGACACAGAUCUGCCCCUGAAAUCUGCUGAACUGAAGAAUCGGAGCAUCGAGCUUCUGAAGGAAGCAGAGGAGCUGAAUAACAGCAGUCAAAGUCUAAAGCCACGCUUGGACUCCAUACAGAAAAGUUUGCAGGAUGCUGAAAUGAAGAAAGAGAAAACGCUCCAAGACCUGAGGAACAUUCAGAAUAGCCUCAACAUCAGCCGAGAAGACAUAGCAGAAGACAUCGCAGCAGCUAAGAGCGCGGUGGAGCAGGCUAACAACACGGUGGCUAAUGCUAGCAACACGCUGGCUCCGAUUCAGAAGCAGCUGGAGGAAUGGCAGAAGCAGUACGGAGACUCAAACGCCACCAGCGAUGAUCUCAACAGAGCUCUCAAUGAUGCCAAUUCGUCAGUGACGGCGCUGAGCGACACUCUUCCUCGGCUGAUAGAGAAGUUAGAUCAACUACAUAACACCUCAUUUCAGCCGUCCAACAUCUCCGACAGCAUCCAGAGAAUCCGCCGGCUCAUUGAACUGACUCGCAAUGCUUCCAAGAAGGUGAGAGUGUCAAUGAUGUUUAAUGGUGAAUCCGGAGUACAAGUGAGGACGCCCAGUGAUGUUGCCGACCUGGCAGCAUAUACAUCACUGCACAUGUACAUCAAGCUUUCGGAUGCCACGCGUAAAAAACGCCAAGCUACUACCAAACCCCAGUUUGUUUUCUACCUCGGAAAUAGUAACACCAGUAAAGACUAUAUGGCAAUGAUGCUGGAAGGAUCAAAGCUGCGCUGGUACUUUAAUUUGGGAGGAAAACCAGCGGAUGUGCUAAUGGAUGAGGACGUGAAUAAGGUUUUCUUCAACAAAGUUGUCCUGGAGAGGACUCUGCAGUAUGGUCAGAUAGAAAUGUACAACGAUUCCGAUGAAACAAGUAUAAUAAAAAAAAAAAUGGAGGCAAAAGGAGAAAAAGGCCUGCUCAACUUACAAGCCAAAGAGACUGUGUUUUAUGUUGGAGCUUAUCCCACCAAUUUCACUCUUCCAGUGGAUCUGAACAUUGCGUCUCCUGACUUCUUCAAGGGCUGCCUGGAGUUAUUAAGUCUAAAUCAAGAAAUAAUCAGCCUCUAUAACUUCGAGCAAACCUUCCAAAUGAACACCACAGCAGACCGCCCUUGUGCACGAAAGAAGCUGGCCAAUACGCCCACGUGGGGAAUUGACGGAGAGUAUUUUGAUGGUUCAGGCUAUGUUGAGGUUUUGUUCGAUACUCUGAAGGACAGCAAUAAGCUUGAGCAGUCUAUCAAACUCAUCUCACAAAACGGCAUUCUCCUGUUGUUACAAAGACAGGAUAAGUUUGUGUGCUUAGCUGUGCAAGACGGUUUUCUUAAAGUCCUAUAUAACCUUGAUGGAAACUUAACUUCCCUAGGACAAGAGAAAAUCAGUAAUGGAGAUGUGAAAUCUUUGGAUAUUGUCUUUCAGCUUCGGAAAAAUGAAAUGCUAGUGAGACUAGAUCGCAAAACGUUGUACAUCCUUACCAGCAGCGAGAUCAACUUCACAGGAAGAUAUUUCCUGGGUGGAGUGCCAGAGGAUCAGAUGCCCGAGAGUUUAAAGAGCAUGUUUCCUAAACGAGGCUCCAUAAAGGGCUGCUUCAGGACUGUAAAGGCCAUGGGAAGCUUUGUUGAAAUAAAGAACAUGAAGAGUGAAGGGAUCAGUUCUGGAUGUUCAGAUGACCUGCUGUUUACACGCAAGGCUCGUUUCACUGGUGAAGGUUACCUGGGCUUGAAAAUAGACACGAACAAAGUAGUGGAAUAUCCAGACAACUUCUACGCUGGAAUCGGCUUCAGGACAGAUCAGCAAAACGGGCUCAUGUUUUACCGGCAAGGCCAGAGUGAUGUGUGUCAGGUGGUCUUGAAGAAUGGCCAUGUAGUCGUCCGUGCUGGCAAUAAUGAAGUCAGUUCUCAGAAGACGUACAACGAUGACAACAGUCACUAUGUUGCAUUUUACCACACCACAGAUGGGUUACAGGUUUAUAUAGAUGAUGUUUUUGAGAAUCGAACUGUCAGCGUGGGCAACUUCAGCGCGGUGCUACAGUCUAACAUUACUUAUUUGGGCGGCAUACCCGUGUCAGACGACCCCACCAAGCUCACCGGCUGCCUCAGUAACUUCUUCAUAAAGAGAGUUAACGAACCCCAGACUGUUGAAGAUUUGAUAAAACCACAAGAGGGACGCAAAUACACAUUUGUUUGCCCCUCCUCUUCAGUCCCAUUGGAAAUACUGGACUCACCACAGAGAAAGAAUCGAAAGAAUAAGCCUCAUGGACGCUCAAGAGGUCGAAUGGCACGUGACUCUUGUCAGGGUGAGAUGUCCGUCCAGGAUGUUGACGCUCAUCACUUCAGUGGCUCCUCCCACAGCUAUCUGAGAUUUGAUUUGCUGCCUCAAGCAUUCAGCAAGGCGCCACACAUCUCUGUGGAUGUGCGUGUGCACUCCUCGAGUGGACUGAUUUUCCAUGUGGCGGGAGGGAAGGACCAGAGUAUCAUGACACUCUCUAUGCUUGAUGGAAAUCUUAUGCUAAUAGUCAACAGCGGAAAGAGGAAGAAAAGCAUACGCAGCAAAAAGAAAUACAACGAUGGCCUGUGGCACACGGUGUUUGUGAAAGUGGAGGAUGACAAGGCUUAUCUAACAGUGGACGGCAUCAACCCUCAGGAGAAGACGGUGAAGGGCGGAUGGAAGAGUGUGUUUGGUGCUCCGCUCUAUAUUGGUGGACUUCCCUCAGACCACAGCGCAGCUAUGGAUGGUUUCGUUGGCUGUGUGCGGGAUCUGAAGCUGAACGAGGUGCCGUCACAGAGCCCCUCUCACAGUGUGGGAGUGACACCCUGUUACCAGCAGCCCCUCCAGCCCGGGGUUUACUUCUCCAGCCAGGGAGGAUAUCUGACCAUCGACGAAUCGCUGGUGUUAGACCAGGACCUCGAGAUCCAAUUGGAAGUCCGUCUGGUUUCAGACUCUGGGCUCCUGCUGCACACUGGAGCCAAUAAAACUCAACAUCUGAGUCUCUACCUAAACCAGGGCCAGGUGACUGUGUUGGUGACCAGCAGCAGUGGAGAGUUUUCAGUCAGUCUCACACCAGAAGAGUCUCUCUGUGACGGAGGCUGGCACACUAUUGCAAUUGUGAAGAAGAGCAACGUCAUCCAGCUACAUGUGGAUGCGGCGACUGAACAUGGAGUGGGUCCCAAACAGAGCCGAUCGAACGGGGACGAGGAGAACGUUUAUCUGGGCGGCGUGCCAGAUUCUGUAGCGGUGCCAGGUCUCCCGCCCACUGUCCUCUCUUUCCACGGAUGUGUGAGGGAAACCGUCCUGAACCACAGGCCUGUCAUGCUGUCCAAACCUGUGUCAGUGUCUGGAUCUGUGGGGACUCAGGGCUGCCCUGCACUAUAGACCACACUCACACUAUCAAAUCAGCAGGUGGUGGGUUCGCUUAGCUUUAAACUAAACCAGUAUUUAGCUUCACUUUCAUGACAUCUGUUAAUGUAACUUUAUUAAAAAGCACUGCAAGUGACGAG